AUGACGGCCAAUCUAUUAUCGGCUGGUACAGAUGGAUCAAUUCACAUCUUUGACUUGGACGCUACUGCUAAAAAGAAUGACAAGCUGGUGGUGUCGUCCAUUUCUCGAUUGCAAGGAGCACACAAGUUUGCGAUCUCUGGUGUGAAUUGGUUUCCUGGAGAUACAGGAAUGUUUACGACUGGCUCCAUGGAUGCUACUAUUAAAGUUUGGGACACGAACGCUCUAGAGAACAGGGUCUUGUCGCAUGCCUUCUCUCCGAUUGGUACAGUGCCAUGCUUGUUCACUUUUGAAGGCAAACGAGCUCAUAUUGUAACCACAUCUAUAGCGACUAGUCACACUUUGCUCGCAUGUGGUCUGGCAGAGCCACGAGUACGCUUGUGUGAUCUCAGAACUGGAGGUUCUGUGCAGGCUCUAACUGGCCACCAAGCUUCAGUAUUUUCUGUCAAAUUUUCCCCUAUAAAUGAGUGGUUACUUGUCAGUGGCGGUGCCGACAAGUCCAUCAGGUUUUGGGACAUUCGCAAGGCUCGGGCAUGUGUCUUGGCCCUUGAUUUGAACAAUUCAGACCGAACAACACCCAACUAUUUGGGAGAAGUGGAUGUUAUAGCUCACGAUGGCCUCGUGAACGGUCUUUGCUUUACGUCAAAUGGAAAGCAUCUUAUUAGUACGGCACACGAUGAGCGGAUUCGUCUGUGGGAUGUUUCGACGGGUCGAAACACUUUGACAAACUAUGGCCCUAAUUUACACAAUCGUGCAGCGAUUGAAACAUGUCCUGUAGUAACUCCAAUCAACAUGUGUCAUCCACCGUUAAUUUAUCAUCCUUCCGAUCAUCGCCAAGUACUUGUGUUUGAUAUGAUGACUGGUGCCCUCGUGAAGAGACUUCGUGGACACUUUGGCAGAGUGAAUUGUGUUGAAUUGCGUUCAGAAUUCCAGGAACUAUAUUCGGGGGGCAAUGACCAUGAGAUCCUAAUUUGGGCGCCUCCUGAAAAGGACGAGCAACCUCUGUUUCCUGAAGCACAUCAGGCUACUGCUGAUGCCUGGAGCGAUGAUGAGCGUUGA